AUGGUUGAUCGUUUGCCGGACUGUGGAAUACCACCUUCCGUACAGAAUGGAACAAUUGUUCUAGACAAUGUCAGCGGCACUGCAUACAUGGAUACAGCCACGAUAACGUGUGAUGCAUGGUACCAGACAAGGAGAAGUAAAAUCACAUGUAUGGAAACAGGCAACUGGGAAAAUACAAUCUGCGCCGAUUGUUACCUCACUACACCGGAUAAAUACGCCGGUGAAAGAAACUGGACUGUCUCGGGGACGGCAUGCCAGAGAUGGGACGCUCAAUAUCCGCAUACACAUUCUUAUACAAAUCCGAGCACUUAUCCAGAUGCAACCUUGCAACAGGCCAACAAUUACUGCAGGAAUCCCGACAAAGACACUUUUGAACCUUGGUGUUACACAGUGAAUAAUAAUGCGAGAUGGGAGUACUGCGGCGUAUCAAUUUGCGUCUGAACGAACGCUCGUGGUUAAUGUGUGUGAUGAAAGUAUUUUAAACGUAUCGGCUUUCAAAGUGUAACAAGUAUACUGAUACAUUUGUUGUACAACAAGCAUUUUUGAAUAAAGAGGUCGUGGAAACUAAUGUCGUACAGCCUAAAAUGUUAAAGGCAUUCAUUUAGCUGAUAUCUUUUGUUUAACUGAAAAGAUGUUUUGGCUUUAACUUGACCUAUUCUUCUGUUUAUAUAUGUUGUUCACUUUGAAAAUUCUUGAAAUGAAUUUAAUGUGUCAGUUUAUGCUUA